UUUUUGAAUUGUUUUGUAAAUAUUUGUGAAUCUCUGAACAUCAAACCUUCCCUUGAUCUCUUCCUUCAUAUGUAUGAUGUCUUGCCCGGGACUAGUAACUGCCCGGGCUUUGUUUACUUCCAUUCCCGUGCCAACUCUAGGGGUUUUUUAACCGGUCUCCCCCCUAGCCACAAGAAAUGGAAACAAAGAUUUGUUUUCAUUGAAUUUCUCCCUGACCAAUUUCCCCUCUCUAACCGUGAGUGGGCUGACCAGGUUAUAAAACCUGAAAGGGUUCACCCUGUGCCCACUAAAGAGCUUGAGGACGCUUGCGAGAAACUUCUCAAGGGUGAUCCUUCGACCGGGAAACCUUAUGCUUAUGGGGGCUGGGUGUACCGGUUGUCCAACCCGGAUGGGGGUAUGUCUGCGACCCAUGACGCAGAAGAUGACCGGGCCAACUCCCCGGAUGGUCAUGCUGAGGGCAGUUCUCCUCAUCCAGCCACCCAUCUCUCUGAAAAUGACCGGGUCCCUUCUCCUAAGAAGGAUGUCAAGGCCAAAGGAAAGGAGACCGGUCAUUCUUCCUCUCACAAAAGGAAGGGUUCCCACAAGACUUCCAAGGGAGAAAAGAAGAAGAAGGUCAGGCUAUCAGAUUUGAAGGGGGAAUCCAUCGAAGUUGGAGUUCUAUCCGAAGAAGUUGGCCGGUCACUCCUGGAGUCCAAGGACCAGGUCUCCGAACUCACCCUCCUUCUUGAUUCUGCCAAGUUGGAGAUCAAUGACCGGGUCGAAAGGGAGAAGAGACUUGAAGAGGAGCUGAAGGAAGAGAGGGCCAGGCUAGACGAGGAAAGAGCCAAGCUGGUGGAGGAGAAGAGAAAGGUGGCUGAGCUUGAGGAAGCUUUGGGACAGGCCGAAGAAUCUGCCCGAGCAAAGGAGCAAUCUUUUCCCGAUGAUGCUGCGACUUGGGCCGCCUGCCAUCACACUGAAGUUGCCCGGUCCAUUCUCAUCAAGUACUAUGGACUUUUUCAAGACCAUGUACAAGGAACCGGAAGGCAAGAGGAUGAUAACUGAGAUCGGGUCAUACGGCUUCCAGUGUGGCCAGAAGGAUGAGAGGUCCCUUCUCUAUGCCAGACUCCAGAAGAGGGACCCUUCGUUUGACCCGGCCAAGAUGAAGCUUCCUCCUUUGUACCAGGAAGAGCCAGCCCCCCCCUUUCCCUUUACAGUAGGUUAGGGUAGUUUU